UAAGGCGGUCCUUGGCGCGGGGCUUUUCAUAUGGAUGCAGGCGCUUGUUUGGGUUCUGGCUUUAGAAAGCGGGUGGGAUGUUUUUGUAUUUAUGAACAUUAGGGUAUAUAUUGGGGAGGUGGAUUUGCUGGGAAAUAAAUAUUUAAGGCAUAAUGAUGUGAUGGAAUAAAUGUAAGAUUUCCACCAGACAUGAAAAGGAGUCUUGGCGAGGCAUGUGAUCGCCUUUGAUUCGUGGUCGCACUUUCGUUUUUCGAUUUCAGCAGGAAAAGCAGGUGCUGUUUGGGGUCUGCUGGGACUCAGGAUGCUGCCAGAUCACAUCAGAUACGUGUUUCAGAUGUCAGGCAUGAGGGAUCUCCAGCAGAAAGCAGAGCUGCUCCAGGCCAUCAGGCAACUCCAGGGUCAAUACAUAGGAGGAUCUGUUUAUAAAGAGACAAUGACUCAUCUCAUCAUUACUAAGCCGCUAGCAAGCGAGAAGUUCCUUGCGGCAUGUGCUGGAGGGAAAUGGAUCGUGACCCCCCAGUAUGUUCUGGACAGCGUGAAACACAAAGCAUGGCUACCCGAAGCCUCGUACGAGUUAAACUUCACAGCUAAUCCGAACGCUCCUGUGACUGCGAACCCUCCUCAGAAAUGGAGGGAGAAAGUUGCCCGAGGCAUCAUGUCUGGAGCUUUUCAGGAUUGGGUUGUUUACCUUGAGAUUGAAGACCAUGUCAGGAGAGCCAUGUUUGAAAGAAUACUGAAAGCAGGGAAGGCUGUGGUCUGCACUUCUACAUCUGCCACAAAAACUCUUACACAUGUGUUAACCAAAGCACAACCCGAUACCUCUCAGAAACUCGCUGCACCUUAUUUCAGCAUCACCUACAUUGCUGAGCAUCUCUUUGGGGCAUUGUGCUCUGGUUUGAACUGCUCCAUUAAUUCGAACAAAGUGAGCCAGCAGGCGAGUUGUGUUCACCCGGAGGUCACGCAGUGCACAUCUAUAACAGUGAAGGAUGAGCCAAUGGAAGUUACUAAUAAUCCCUUUCUCAUGAUGCUUGAGGAAACACUUAAAGACUACGUCACCAGAAUGGAGGUGCAGAAAAGAAAGCUGCUGAAAGUGCCUGGGUUUUGUGCCUACUACACUCCUGUCUUUCCAACACAGGUCACAGCGGUGGAUUUCAGUAAUGUUCAAAGCAUAGUGGAGUGCGGGCUUUUCCCCCAGGCCCUGGAAGAAGUGCGGGGUUGUUUGCACCCCGGUGUGCUUCCUCCAGUCUCGGUGCUCUGUGAGUGCAUGCAGCAUGCCCUUCAGGGUGAAGCAGAGCCGUACUUUCUCAGCCUGUUGAACAUUGUCCUGAAUGACAUACUGUGUAAUAACCCUACGUGGCGCUGUCCUGCGAGCGUCAAGUACUUCUUGAAGAUCCUGCAGUGUCCGGAGUGUAAAACGCUCCCGGCGUGGUCGUUCCUACAAACGUCCGUGAGGUUUUGCUUGGGGAGCACAGAGACCUGUCACUCGCUGCCCAGUCCCGCCUCAACAGAGCUUCUCCAUUUCCAUGGAAAGCUGCAAGCUUUCCUUCUCAGGCUGUUUCAGCUGGAGCUGCACGGCAUGGCCACAACUGGGCGUGCGGCAGGCUCGCAGGGCUCCGUGCUUUACAGCAUGUUCUGGGGCGUGUGGGAGACGACGAAGCUGAGCUCGAAAGCCCUGCGGCAGCUGGCUGACUUGCUGGUGGAAACCACACUCUGGGCUCUUCACUCCUCUCAGGAGUGGAGGUUGCGAGUGUUGGGUACGCUUCAGGAGAUCCUGGCUGUAGUGGUGGAGUACUGGGCUUUGGAACACACUCGGUACAACAGCCUGAUAGUGCAGAAUGGCUUUCAGGACUUUGCAGAGUACAUAGCUAUCCAGUGUCAAGACCUCCAUCCAGACAUUCUGAGGGAGCUGGUUCCUGCCCUCCCAUCUCACCGGCUCAGGAUGCUCACUGCUGAUGCAAUCUACAGAAACAUCUGCUCUAGAAAUGGCCUGAUCAUCCGGUCAGAGACACUCUCCCUCCACAAGAUAGUUUUCACCUACCUGAGUGCCCUGGGGCAGCUGUGUGGGUGUAAAUCCAGGCAUUCAUCUGAGCAGCUGAUUGAGAGAACCACCGCAUCCAGUUCAGACAGUCAGAAUGCGGGAGAAAAAGCGUGUGGGCGGCGCCGCCUGGUGAAGGACAACAUGCCGAAAGGUUUCCGUCGAGUCAAUAUAGCAGGGGAGACUCUCUUGCAUCAAGCCUGCAAAAGGGAUCAGGUGGAGAAGGUGCUGCAGAUCCUCAGCCUGCCCGGAGUAGAUGCCAAUGUUAAAGACCAUGCAGGUUGGACUCCCCUACAUGAAGCAUGUAACCAUGGCAGCGGAGAGUGUGUGAGGGCUCUACUGCAGCACUGCCCCGACCUGCAGCUGGACAGCCAGGUGGGAGGAGUAAGUCCGCUGCAUGAUGCCCUGCAUAACCAGCACACGCAUAUCGCCAAGAUGCUUCUGCGCCAUGCCGGUUCUGUGCUGUUGCAAGUGUAUGAUGAUUGUGGAAAGACACCUUUGGACCUGGUCUCCUGUGCGGCGAUGCGUGACGAGCUCAUAAGAUGUGCUAAAGAAGGAGACGCAACUCUGGCAAUCCAGAGAUCUGAGGUGAGAGACAUGGCAUUUGUGGAGACCUGCUCGUGUCUCCUCAGCAGCCUCCUUCUCACCUAUUUAGCAGAGCAGUACAUCCCUUCAUAUGAAACUGCAGAGUCAGUGCUGGAGCUCAGUCCCUCUACAGCACAGACACUGCUCCGCCUGAACUCAGAGACACUAAGCACACACUUGGGAAACUCCAAAAUAGGGGCUCUGGCCCAUGACCUGAGGACUCUGAUGAGUAUGGAACAGUAUGUGCUGCAGCUGAGUCCUGCACUGACACACUGCCAGGGGAUACACACCAGUCUGCUCAUCCAGCUGCUGAAGGACCUGCAGGCUGAAGGCACGACUCUGCUCAAUGGCCAGACUAGACAGUGACUAGAAUCUAGUUAUUAUUAUUACUAUUAUUAUUACAUUUCAUACAUAAUCUGUUUAAGAUAAUUUAUAGUUUUUCACUUUGACCUUGAAUGUUUUAUAACAUUUUUUUAUUGAAGAAAAAAAAAACUUUUUGCACUUUUGCUAUAUGGGAAAUGUGAUGCUGUUAAUCAAAGUUAAAAAGUUAAUUUUUAUAAAGUGUAAAAAUCUAAAAAUAAAUGUUGAGAUUUC